AUGACCUGCUUCCGCAGGCCUCUGAGGAUCCAGUGGCAGGACAAGGUGACAGACAUGGAAGUCCUCUCUAGAACAGGCUUGCCAUCCAUUCACACCCUGCUGAUGAAAGCCCAGACAUGCUCGGCAGGCCAUGUUACUAGGAUGCCAGACCACCGCAUCCCCAAACAGCUCUUCUAUGAAGAAGUUGUGGCAAUAGAAGUGGGCUGGAUGACCUCUGUUAAAGACUGGGCAGGGGUGAUGAUUUCAGCCCAGACCUUAACCGGCAGAGUUCUUGUCGUUUUAGUUUUUGCUCUUAGUAUUGGUGCUCUUGUAAUAUACUUCAUAGAUUCAUCAAACCCCAUAGAAUCUUGCCAGAAUUUCUACAAAGAUUUCACAUUACAAAUAGACAUGGCUUUCAAUGUGUUCUUCCUGCUCUACUUUGGCUUGCGGUUCAUAGCAGCCAACGACAAGCUAUGGUUUUGGCUGGAAGUAAACUCUGUGGUUGAUUUUUUCACCGUUCCUCCCGUGUUUGUUUCUGUGUAUUUAAAUAGAAGUUGGCUAGGUUUAAGAUUUUUGCGAGCUCUUAGGCUGAUUCAGUUCUCAGAAAUCUUACAGUUUCUGAAUAUUCUUAAAACAAGUAAUUCCAUCAAGUUAGUGAAUCUAUGCUCGAUAUUUAUUAGCACAUGGCUGACAGCAGCUGGAUUUAUACAUUUGGUGGAGAACUCAGGGGAUCCAUGGGAAAACUUCCAAAAUAACCAACCACUUACCUAUUGGGAAUGUGUUUAUUUGCUAAUGGUUACUAUGUCCACUGUUGGCUACGGAGAUGUUUAUGCAAAAACAACCCUUGGUCGUCUUUUCAUGGUUUUCUUCAUCCUCGGGGGAUUGGCCAUGUUUGCCAGUUACGUCCCUGAAAUCAUAGAGUUAAUAGGAAACCGCAAGAAAUAUGGUGGUUCCUAUAGUGCGGUUAGUGGAAGAAAGCACAUUGUUGUCUGUGGCCACAUCACGUUGGAAAGUGUGUCCAAUUUCUUGAAGGACUUCCUACACAAGGACAGGGAUGAUGUCAACGUAGAAAUUGUCUUUCUGCAUAAUAUCUCCCCUAACCUUGAGUUGGAAGCUCUUUUUAAGCGACACUUUACUCAGGUGGAAUUUUUUCAGGGUUCAGUUCUCAAUCCGCAUGACUUGGCUAGAGUAAAGAUAGAGUCAGCAGAUGCUUGCUUGAUCCUUGCCAACAAAUACUGCGCAGAUCCAGAUGCUGAAGAUGCUUCUAAUAUCAUGAGAGUAAUUUCUAUAAAGAACUACCACCCAAAAAUAAGAAUAAUCACUCAGAUGCUGCAGUAUCACAAUAAGGCCCAUCUGCUAAAUAUUCCAAGCUGGAAUUGGAAAGAAGGCGAUGACGCCAUAUGCCUUGCUGAACUAAAGCUGGGGUUUAUCGCCCAAAGCUGCCUGGCACCAGGCCUAUCGACUAUGUUGGCAAACCUCUUCUCCAUGAGAUCAUUUAUAAAGAUCGAAGAGGACACUUGGCAGAAAUACUACUUGGAAGGAGUAUCUAAUGAAAUGUACACAGAGUAUCUUUCUAGUGCCUUUGUUGGUCUGUCAUUCCCUGCUGUUUGUGAACUGGUCUUUGCAAAGCUAAAGCUUUUAAUGAUAGCCAUAGAAUACAAGUCGGAGAAAGGGGAAAGCAGAAUAUUGAUCAACCCUGGAAAUCAUGUGAAAAUUCAAGAGGGUACGCUAGGAUUCUUCAUUGCAAGCGACGCCAAAGAAGUGAAAAGGGCCUACUUUUAUUGCAAGGCAUGUCACGAUGACAUCACAGACCCCAAAAGGAUUAAAAAAUGUGGCUGCAAACGACUCUUCAAAAAAAAAUCACUUUAA